AUGUCUUCCUUCUCCACCCUCGUCGACAACCUCUCCUUCCGGGACAGUGAUCGUGAAUCACGAGUGUCGCAACUCUCCCGAGCCAAAUCAUAUGCGAGCACCAAUGCAACGAGCAUGACCAGCAUUUCGGGGGAUAUCAAGAGCCAGCUUCAUGGAGGAUACAGCCAUCCGCUCGCGCGAGCAUGGCAGGCAGACCGACAAUUAACGAAGUCCAUGCUCGUCUACCCUCUCUUCAUCACUGACAACGCCGACGAAAUUACUCCCAUCCCCUCUCUCCCCAACCAAAGCCGCCGCGGCAUCAACACGCUUGUCCCCUUCCUCACCCCUCUCAUCCAGCGCGGCCUCCGCUCCAUCAUCCUCUUCGGCGUCCCCCUCGCCCCCGGCAGCAAAGACGCCCUCGGCACUAGCGCUGACGACCCCAAAGGCCCCGUAAUCGCGUCAAUCAAGCUCCUCCGCCGCGCCUUCCCCGACCUCUACAUCAUGGCCGACGUCUGCCUCUGCGAAUACACCUCCCACGGCCACUGCGGCAUCCUCCGCGACGACGGCUCCCUCAACAACGCCAUGUCCGUCGACCGCAUCAGCGACGUCGCCCUCGCCUAUGCCCUCGCCGGCGCCCACUGCGUCGCCCCCUCAGACAUGAACGACGGCCGUGUCCGUGCCAUCAAGCUGAAGCUUAUCGACGAGGGCAUUGCUCACAAGGUCCUCCUCAUGUCCUACUCCGCGAAGUUCAGCGGCGCCCUGUACGGGCCGUUCCGUGAUGCCGCCGGCUCGGUGCCGAGCUUCGGCGACCGGAAAUGCUACCAGUUGCCGCCGGGAGGACGGGGGUUGGCGCGGCGGGCGAUCCAGCGAGACAUCGGCGAAGGCGCGGACGCCAUCAUGGUGAAGCCGGCGAGCGCGUACCUAGACAUCAUCUCCGAUGCGAAGGAGCUCGGGCGGGAUAUGCCCAUCGCGGCGUACCAGGUCAGCGGCGAGUUCGCGAUGUUGCACGCGGGGGCGAAGGCGGGGGUGUUCGACUUGCAGGAGAUUGUCAUGGAGAGCAUGCAGGGGAUCUUGCGGGCUGGAGCGAACAUCGUGGUCACGUACUUUGCUCCAGAGCUGAUGGGGUGGCUGGAUCAGUAA